AUGGCCAGGCGCAUGUCCAAGUACAAAGGACGCUCUCCUCGUCCUGGUCUGCUGUCGACGACAGCUCAAAAGCAAGACGCGCUGCUGCAACAGGAUGCUACAGCCAUAGGACUGAUCGCUGGGGCAAGAACGACACCGGCACCGGACGCACAGCAGCCAAGCGAGCCAAGCAAACGACAGAAGGGCGCUGCCCACGGCAACAACAGCAGCCAGAGCCAGCGUCUUCCACGAGCCCCAAAGACAAAGCAGACGCCAAAACGAGUGCCGUUGACACGCAAGAACCUGGUACGGCAUGAGACGAUGACCAAGAAGCAGCAGUCAAAGGCUCAUGGCUCCAAAGCCUUCAAAGCAUCCGAAAAAACGCCCUCGACAUCGACCGGCACGCCGUCCAUAGAGCGGGAGAAGACGAGCUCAAAGGCCACUCCUACUACCACCACUACCACCACUUCUACAACGUCAUCUGGCUUUGCUUUGCAGGCCUACGGCAAUGGCAUUUUGGACCCGCUCGACUCGCGUCCGCCAGCCAACCUUGAGGAUCUUCGGGCAAAGUUCGACGCGCCGCGCAAGUCUGCGUCGCCCCCGGCGUCUGUCUAUGAGACCUACGUCAACAAGGUUAAUGCUGCCGCCAACGAGGCCACCAUGGUCUUUGAAGUCGGCAGCCGGCUGCUCAAAGACCAUGAAAUUAAGGACUACCCGCGCGUCCUGAACCACGCCUUUACCGCGUUUCCCAAAGGCGUCGGCUUCAACAACGAGCUCUCCCCGCCGCAGCCAGAUUUUGUCGAGGGCCUCGACGCCGCCGCGUUCCGGCCGUUUCCCGUCCACACGGAGGUCCCAGGUGCCGUUCUCUACAAGGACAGCCCCCGCUCCGUCACGCUGGCGCACCUGGCCGGCGAGUGGAAGGGCGCCGGCAAGGACAUGGAGCGGGCGCGCCUGCAGAGCGCCUACGACGGCGCCGCGCUUGUCUAUGCCCGCAACCAGGCACACGCCGCCAUGGGCCAGCACGACCCGCCAGGCGACGCCGCCAUCACGACGUUUACGACGGACGGCAGGCAGAUUUUUUUCUACGCUCACUACGCUGCGGAGAGGACAGAGGCGGACGGUGAUGGCGACGGUGAUGGUGAUGGUGAAACCAAUGGUAACGACAGCGGCGACAGCGACGACAACGGUGACAGCGACGACAACGACGACAACGACGACAACGACACAUCCCUCGCGUACCACCAAUAUCUGCUCGGUUCGGCCACCCUGAUCCAAUCGCUCGACGACUUCAAAAAGGGCCGACGCUGGGUGCGCAACCAGCAAGACUAUGCCAAGGACCACUCGUACAAACUCAAGCGCGACCUCACGUCCCACUGGAAACAGCGUCGCGACGCUGUUCGCGCGGCACGGAAGGCCGCCGCCACGGGCGCGAAUGCGGCGAACGUGAAACACAGUCAGAAACGAAAAGCGCCGGCAUUGCCAACAGCCCGUUCCGCGUCCCGACAACAAGUCGAUGAAAGUGGGUGA